GCGCUAAGUAUCAAAACUGGAAUAUGCAAUUUCACCAUUACUACUCCUGGUCUGUUUGCGUGUGAAAAGGUUUCCUUUGAGAAGCCUUUCAAUGGCAGGCAGGAUGUGAAAGUUUUCGUUUCCAAAAGCCACACAACAAAGAAUUAUAGUGGUGGAGAUGGCGCGGCUAUUUGGGUGGAAUCUGUGGAUAAUAAAGAAUUUACAGUUUGUGUUUUAGAGUACGGAGAUGGUUCUAGUGGGACUACGAAAGUGAACUGGUUGGCGCUGCAAUCUGUUCCUGUUGGCGCUCAACUAGACACCGUCUCGUUGGAUUCUUGGACUACUGGAGAAAAGUGUAAAAGGAUCGCCUUUGAAAAGGUUACCGCUGUUUCCCCUUGCGUUUUCGUUAAGUUAAUAGUUCUUACUGAUUUAGGUAUUUCUGUUUGCUCAAACCUAGACACAAGAUUUCACUACGUUAUUUUUUGAGCUUUGCUUGACGGAGUGGCUUUAACUUCCUCUUUCUUUAUUUAGCUCGUAGGAGCUGCGGACUUUCCAUUUGACUUCUUCCUUAUAUCUUUAAGUCAUGCGAUAUAACAUUGUUGCAUUAUAAAAUACGAUUCUUUAUAUGUUUACCAAGAUCUUACAUAUAUUGCUACCUCUAUUUUCUUCCAUCAAAGUUAUCUUGCAAUCUGUCCUCCACUUUUCUUGAUCAUUUCAAUUUUUUUAUUUACAUUAAUACAUCUUUAAAAAGCUUUAACAAUCUUCAUAUUUUUGCUAAUUUUUGCUCUAAAAAAUUUAGUGAGAAAGUCUAUAUUUCGAUUCCUUUUGUAUCUACGUUGCCAGGUUCAUGACUAUCGUUUUAUUUGCUGAUUUGCAAAUUCUGUGUUUUAUUCGUAAAACUGUUCUUAGUUGUUUUUCAUCUGCACUAGGAAAUUCCAUCCAAUUUGCUUCUUUCAAGUUCAAAAUGAUUUUUUCUAUCACUCUUCCAUCGUUUUAUAUCAUACCCUUGUUUGUUUGAAAAAGAAAUGUAAUAAAUUAUUUAUUUUUUUCCCUUUUACUUUUUCAGCGUUUCUCAAUUCCUCCGAGCAUCUACGUAACAGCUCGUCACCAAAUUCUCAAGAGAUCUCAGGACGCCUUGGCCUUGUGGGUAGAGGAUGUACGCAGAGACAGUUUUAAGGUUUGCCUCAGGGAAACUAAGAUUUUUGAUGGUCUGCAUAAAAACAUCAAGGUGGUAAGCGAAUUCCUUUUGUUACCUGUUACAUGUUUGAAAGUAGACUCACACGACAACCAAGCGGUUCCUCCCUUGCUGCAACUUACAGGCGCUGUGCUUUAGCAGAACCCAGCUCUACCUUUGCUCUUUGCCUACUAGGAAAUCGUAGCUUUUAUCAUAGAGAUCCUAUGUUGGAUACCCUGUGAUUUACACAGGUUCAGAGCAAUGGGCUCCCUUCUCUUAGAAACAACCUUGACUUGAGAAAGAAUAUAUUGAUAACAUUGUUAAUACUUUUUCACUUGUCCUUCAGGACUAGAUAGCAUUUGUGAAGCUGAUGACGCUGAAUUUUACCUUGAUCAAUGGCCUUGUAACAACAAAGAAUAACUCACCACUAAACAAGCAACAAAACAACGCUGUCUGUCAGGUAAAGUAACUAAUGAACUAUAUAUACUGUUUUGGUUUCUCAGUCACUUAUAUUCAUAAAUAGAAAGUCUUUCAUAAGUUCAUGGAGCUCUGAUGUUGUUAUCGUUAACCAUUUAAACAAGAUAUAUCAUAUACCGCAUAUGUGUAGAAAAACUUAAGAACGCUGAUUCUUUUCUUGUUUUUUUAGAUAAUAAAGUUCACUGAUGCUUUCUAUGCCCCUCCGGUAGUAAUGGUUUCACCAAGACUCAGUUACCAUAACAACAACUCUCGUUUCUCGGCUUCCGCAACUUGUAACGCAGUUACUGCGUGGAUUCAGGUAACAAAUAUGAAACUUGGAGCCAUUUUUCUUAGUCGUUGCGUCCUUAGGCUGCCUUCUUAUCUUUUCCCUUCUAACUUACUUUUAGAAUUGUCUCUGUUUCAAUUUUUCAUGUCGUUUAAGGAGUCCAAAAAAGUUUUUUGUUUUGUUUUUUCCCAAUUUUUCCAACCAACCUGUGCACGCCCCGGUUUCGCUUUCUAAACGACCUUUGGUAGUGACAUAGCAGUUAAGGUAAGAAAAUACCUGAUGAUGCUUAAUAAUGGAUAAUCUGAUAAUUCUUAUUAUUGUGUCUAGCAUACCUUUACAAACGAAACCGAGGUGUGUAUGAGAAGAUACAGCAAUAACGCCAAUUAUAAGGACAUCGUACAACUGGAUUACCUGGUGAUUGGAGGUACGUAAACAAUCUAUCAAAACCUUGGUGAAGGCUGUAUGCUGCAGUGUAUCAAGUACAUUUUAUGACAUGAAUCUUUUGAAGUUGUUUGAUGGAGAGCUUUUUUUUCUCUAAUUAAUGCUAUUUUUUGUUGUCUCUAUUUUGGGGGAUUGUAGAUUUGGUUGACUGAAAGAACAUGUUACUAAUAUAAUUUCGUCGCAAUAAAUUUGUGUAUUCAAGAAAAUGAGAAUUUUUUUGAAAACUAUUAAGACUAAAUUUCUUUGGCACACUGGUGCUCCUGAUCACGAAAUUAAUAGGCUCAUAUGUGGUGUCAUGAGACAAAAAUUCAGGAACUGAAAAACGAGAUCAUAUGCAUUCUUAUCCUUUUCUUAGAGUCGCCAGUGUUGUUAACUGCAAUGCACCUUAUUGGCAUCUUAAAGCAGUUUCAGUUCGUAAUUAAAGGAAAUUUUUGCAGAGUCUAUACUUGUUUUCUUGCAUCUAAAGUCACGUGUCCCUUAAUUUACGUUAUAGUUUCUUAAUCUACGUCAGAGCCCCUUUUUUUCUGAAAGGGAUCCGAGUGAAGACUUGCACAAAUGGUGUGCCAAAAUGGCGGUAAAUUUGAACGUGUCAAAAAAUUCUCUUUAAUAACAUUGUGUUCAAAGCAAUUUUUUUUUUCGCGCACUUUCUCGUAGUAAUGUGCAUUUUCAAUUCUAAAAAAAAAAAUUUUAAGGUAUGGGCACUUUAAAUCUAAUCUGUUGUUAUUUGCCUAAUUAUCUUCAGACCUGGAUCCCUGCAUAGACGUUACGUGUUAUUAUCACAGCUUCUGUAAGGCGUUUGGACCCCAUGAUGCACGCUGUGUAUGUGUGGAUAGCUGCCCAUCUUACAAAGAACCCGUUUGCUCAUCAAAUGGCACUACGUACGACAACAGAUGUUUGUUUGAAAGAGAAGUUUGUUUACAUCGACUAAACUUUACUGUGCAACAUCGUGGCAGCUGUGAAGGUUAGUACAGUUGUUUUUGAAUCUGUUAAAAAGUGAUAUUUGUUUUUAUUAGAUUUCAGUAUCUUAGCGAAUUUUUUGAAUCAGAUAUUUACUUACCCAUGUAAUCUGGAGGGAAAACGGCGAUAGAUGCGUGACUUUAUGGGAGUACAGAAUUUUACGUAAUUUUGCUAAAACGUUUGACAGGGGCAAUGCUAAUAAGAAUACUGGUCAGAAAGAGUGCUGAUAGACUUCUGUUUUAAGCAUUUUCAGUCAAUACUCAACGAAAAUAUCUGUUGUUUUUUUUUAUAUAUGUAUCACUGAAGCAAAUUUAAAACUGAUUCUUCUCUCUGAGAUUAGUAGUAUAGUAGUAGUAGUAGUAGUCGUAUGCAUUUCGUACCCGGACGUAGCUCUGCCUAACAUAUCUGGAUAACGUCCUUUCCUAGAGUUAUAUUUUUUUAAGCAUAAUUGGAACUGAACCUUUUCUCUGCGAGAAGUAGUAGCUACGGUAAAUGUUCACUUUCCUUUCCUUUAGCGCUAAAAGGCUUGACCAGUUGCCACCGUGUAAUUCUAAUCUCUCCAUAACUGCUUGCCAUGCUAUUGACCUAAUGCAGUGACAAGCGAAACAUUGUCUGCUGUGAACUUUUCCCAGCACUUCUAUGGUAGAGAGUAACAACCUUCUUUCUAAGAACCACUCAUUUACUGCUAUGUUAACAUUUUUAAAUGCCCUUUGCUCCGCAUGCUUGUCAUACUAAUCUAUAGUUCAUCUUGAAAUGUGUUUUCUAGGAUUUCCUUUUCAGCGUGGUCGUCGUCACAUGCCACAUAUUUCAUCCUUGGGCUACUCUCACUGUCAUGCCAUUCAUUUCAAACCGUUUGUGUCUUACCCUGACAAACCCAUUCAAGUGCAGAUAACUGUCAAUCAUAUGGAUACCAGUGACAAAUCGUAUGUCCAUGACGCGGUAGUAUCGUGGGUUGAAAAUGUAGAUAACGACGGAUUCACUGCUUGUGUGAUGGCGGCAGGAUAUAACGAACGAAAGUCGUAUGCUAACGUGACAGUUGAUUGGAUGGCGUACCAAGGUGCUCCAGUGGGUGGCGUGACUGGUGAAGUGCGCAUGCCACAGUGGUGGACUGGUACGACUUGUGCGACUGUCAUGUUUCCUACAGUGAGUGGCCUUUGUUGGGUUUUCUUGUCCUUCCCAUUUUUUUCAAGAUCAUAUCUUUUGAAACGCCUCACUUCUACUGAGGUCACUCAGUUAAUAACAGAUCGUUUUUAAUAAGCAUCAGCAGUGAUUUCUCGUAAUGGUGCAGCCGUACACUUAUGACCAUUAGUCGAACAACGUCAUGGUAGUACAAAUUAUUCUUUUACCAAUUUCCAGCAUAUCACAAAUGUCAUGGGUUCCUUUUUGCAAUAAAUACGAAAUUGAUUCCUGAUUUAUUUUUCAGGGAAAAUUCUCUGUGAUGCCGUCGGUAUUUGCGACUGCCAAGCAUUACAAUCCAGGAUUAAAACGUGACGCAGCAAGCGUAUGGAUUGAAGAUGUCACACAAUCAUCCUGUAAAGUUUGCUUGAGAGAAUUGCAAAACUACGCUGGAUCACACCAAGACGUUGUUGUUGUAAGUAACGCCAAUCUCAUGGAAUCGAACGAACAGCGUUUUUCUUUGGAAACUAAGUGCAGCAGACUGGUAUCUUUCUCCAUCUCAUCUUUUCGCUUUUUUACGCUUCCAGCAGUUGGUCCAGCAGAGAUGCACGAUUUUUUGCUUGAAAAUAUAUUUCCCUCCAUCUGUUUCCUCUUCAUCCGGCUUUGUCAACCCAACCAUGUUAUUGCUUUCUUGUAACCUAAUAUGUCGGUGGCUGUUUUAUAUAAACCUUGUUGAUAGAUUACCAUCUUAUUUUCGACGUUGACACAAUCUUUUGGUAGUUAGGACGUGAGAAUGAAAUAGAAUUCUUUCUUUUUAUUGUUAUUUAUUUAUUUAUUUACUUUAUUUCAGAAUUGGUUAGCGUUUUCAUAUCUUGACGAGCCUCCCUUCUCAGAACACAAUUCGAUUUACUUUUCGAAUGAUAAACCUCCCGCGCAGAGUCACUAUAAUGCCUUCUGCAAGGUCAGUAUUCCAGUCCUUUCAUUAGUCUUAUUGGUUUCAAUUCCCGUCACAGUGCACUUAAUUUUAUUGAAUAAAUUUACUAUCAGAGAGCAAAAGAAAACGAUUCCCCUAUCAUGUCUCUAGUGAUGGUAGUUGCAUUUAAUCAGUUUAGCAGGCUGUCUGUCAUAUUUCAGUGAAUAUUUAAAAUGAAAAUGAAAUAUAGAUUAUAAAUGCCCUAAUGCGGAACAAGUCUUUACCUUUAUAUAAAUGUCAGAGACUGAAUUUUUACAAUUAUGUAACUUCUUUUGACAGGACGCUUCUUUUACUAAAGUUUAUAACUCAACUCCACAUGUGUUUGUUUCUGCCAAUCAUUCCACCAAAAAUGGAAGUCAGAGUCCAAUUCAUAACAGCAUAGUUGAGUGGGUAGAGGUAUGUUUUUAUUUGUUUAUUUAUCUACUUUUUAAUAUAUUUUGUGAAUUUGUGUAGCAUACCACUUGCAACCACACUUACAUGUGUUGUGUGCAUGUUUAAAAACCUUAUGAAUUUCAAAAUACGAAUGACUGUAACUAACACUGUCUAUUUUACAAUACAGAAUGCGUUCUACUGAGAAUAACAGCUUAUAAAAUACAGAUCGUGCGAAAAACAGCACAAAAGUUAAAUUUUAUGUUUAACUAACGAUCAGGCAUAACCCUUAGCUAGUAAAAUGGCCAUGAAUUAUGGAAAGUCGUUAAAACUGUGUUUAAAAAAAAGUUGUGUAGCUGUAUAGCAGAAGGUAAGCAAAUGUUGUUAAACAAAAAGCAAUGAGCAAGCUAAAAUUGGUGUUAAGCAAGAGAGAAUGAGCUACGAGAGCGAAUCCCUGUGCCCCAUGAUGAUUAUUUGAAAUCUAUUGAAAGUUCCCACGCGUGCGAUGAAGGUUAUUUUUAUCUGCUGUUUCCGUGACGCGCGCGGUCUACUUUCCCGUGAACGCGACAUAUUUCGCCUCCAAACAUUUGAAGUUUGACAGCAGUUACAGCAAUUAUCGCAUGAGAGGUUUAAGUUGUUGACAUGUAAUAACGCGCUCUCAAUUGUCCUCUUUCCUCUUCCCUUUGAAGCCCUGUCCUGCAAACUUGUUGAACAGUGUUGAUCACUUCUUAAUAUGCGUCAAACUGAGAAAUAUGGAAAGUCUUCUGGUCAAGACCUACCUGAACUGUUCUAUAGUUUUUUUCCUGCUAGCAAGGGAGAAAAUACGCCGUCCGCCGUCUGUGUAUUUACUUAAUGAGCUGAUAAACAUCCCUUUCUUGCAGUACAUCAACAAGACAGGCUUUCGUGCUUGUGUCAAAGAAUUAUAUGAAGCAAAAUAUGACCCAUUGUCAGUAACGUACACAGUUUUGUCAGGUAAGAGCUCUACUGCUACAAAACUAAUAAACUUCAGUACUUACAAGUCUCUGAAUAAAAAAAAAAAUGAAUACAAGCAACACACAAAAGGAAUGCACAAAAACUGGAGGAAAUAAUAAAAAUUGUAUUCGGGUGAUGAUAAAAAACAACGUUCAUCCCUUUUUCCAAAUACCUAUUAAUGUGUAUAAUGGAGUGCUUUAUAGCGGAGCUCUCGCGCGCGAAUCGCACGCAGCGGAGCACCAUGGGUAAAAAAAUGAGAUAAACUACCCAUCCAAGAAAAUUUUGUAAUCACGUGACCGUACUCAGACCGCCUGCCCGCCCGACCGUCCGUCCGCACCAAAGGCAUACCAAUGUAAAAUAAUUCAAUCAACAGGUAUGGCAACCCAAAUGCAACUCAAAGUUGUAUUUGGAAAGAAAUCGCCUGGCCGCCCGGACUUUUAGAAAGAAAAAACAACAACAAAGUCGUUUUUUUUUUCGACGUUAUAUUUGAUGUUUACACUCACGUGGAUAACAGAGAAAGAGCUAGAGCGAGUAAUUGAAAACAAAAGAGAUGAAUUUUGUAGGAAGAAAAACAUGAAAAUUCAAAGCGGCUGUGAGACAAUGAGAAAUGCUAGCGGCCAGCAAGGUGAAAAUGAGCGGCAGUGAAAAAUAAAAGCGAACAUGAACACAGGAGACAAAAUAUUGGGUAAGCACAUACGACCAUUCCUCCACAAAAAUAAUGUGUAACUAGUAAGUUUGACGUUUUAGUCCUACAAAACAGCGUUGUAGUUGUGCAAAACAACUGCAAACAAAGACAAAAAGUGUGCUGCACGUGCAAAUUUGUUCGUUUUUGCUAAUUAGAAAAAAAGAGUGUGCUGCACGUGCAAUUUGUUUUUUUUUAUUUUUUUUGCUAAUUAGAUCUAUUGAUCUUGAUGCCAUAUUCAUUGCCGUCCCGUUUACCAUAUUACACCAUUUAUUUUUUUUUGUUUACAAGUAUAGGUGGUUUUCAUGCAAUCUCGGGAGACACAAAUAACAAUGGUGAAAUGAACAAAUGCUGGUGGACAAACAAAGCGAGCUAAUGAGCGAUCUUUUGUUUACCGUCCACCAGCAUGGCGGCGAUGACGUAACGUGAAAACCACCUAUUAUUAACCAGAGUUUCGCUUCUAGCCCUGGCUAAAUCUAUAUAUUAAUACUUGCAGUUCUUUUGUCUUAUGUAUUGCAUUUAUUAAUUUUGUCCUGAACAAAAAGCUUCUGCUUUUCCAUUUCCUUUUUUAUCGCAAAACCGGAAAUAACAAAAAUGCCCGAAGUAUGUAACUGCUCCUAAAGCCAUACAUUUUAAGCAAUAUCAUUUUGCAGUUCACUAAUUCCUACUUUGUAUACGCGCAGACAUCUGUCCAUCGGGAUGGGAUUACUUCAAUGGAUACUGCUAUUUAACAAGCUCUGUAUGCGCACCUUGGGUGACUGCUGUGUCCAGCUGUUCAGCAAUGAACUCAUAUCUGGUAACAGUGCACAACCAAGAAGAAAAUGUCUACAUUCAGCACCGUCAUAAUGGAGAGCGAUCAUGGAUUGGACUUAAUGACCGAAGCGUUGAGGGAUCAUUUGUCUGGACAAACAAGGAAAUAACCAGUUUUCGGUUCUGGGCUCCGCAACAACCAAACAACAGGAAAAACGAAGAUUGUGUUCACACUCUGGGUGCCAAUGAUGGCUACACUUGGAACGACGUUUCCUGCGAUAACUGCUAUAACUAUACUUGUGUUCGAGGUAAAAGCGGUCAUCAGGUCCGUUUUACAACUUACAUUAAAUGAUCUGUUAGUUGGCACCUGGGGUAAUCUUAUGUUCUGUAAAGGGUUGUGGCUCACUUCAAUAUUUUAUGCCAGGAAUGUAACCAAAACAACAAAAAAGCCAUCUAAUGUAGGGCACAUUAAUGUAGUAUCAUCUUUCAGUCAGUUAGUAGAGGAGAUUGGUUGAGAAUGCAUCAAAGUUUAAGAUUUAGAUUUUUUCUUUUUUUUUUCACAAUAAAUGAAUGCGACGUUUUUAUAGCCGGCCUGUCUACAGCGGACGCCCCCUCCCCCUUUUUUGAGGUGAGGGGGCGUCUGUACACAGGCUAGGUUUUUAUUGGUGAAAAGGAUCAAAAUGAUAAGAAUGCUAUUGAACGUUUCACACCGUCGGUUGAGUCCAAACACCUCUAACAAAAAAACAUACUAUUAUAAUAAAGGCGCUUGUAGGGCUUUAUAGCCAUUCCACUGUUAUUAACUUUGUUUCAGUUUAUGUUUCAAACUCCUACGACUAUAUCAAGGUAAAAAUGGGCAUGCAGCCAAGCUUAUUAGACAGUUGUUAAGGUGUCAUAACGUGAGAUAAAAGCAUUGUGUGCAGUGUUUGGUAAAAUUCAAAGUAAUUUCGUUUUUUCUUUUCAAGAGUUUUAUGAUGAAUUCAAGUUGAGAAUCAUUUCAGAAAAUAAGCACGUAGCAAAGGAAAUGUGAGUGAAUGAAACACAGUGAUUUCUUUUAGAAAUUGACGAAUGCACAACUAACUAUCACAGAUGUAAUGUGAAUGCUGCUUGCCAGAAUACCGUGGGCUCAUACAAAUGUACUUGCAAAGCUGGAUACUCUGGAAAUGGCGGCAAAUGCGUUGGUAAGUACUGAACUUUGCUUUAAAUGUCUUCCAUAUUUUGCCCUUUUGCUUCGCAAACUGAUCGACCGACUUAGUUGUCCUCUGUUCUGAUUUUAUUUAUUAAAUUAUAGACUAAAUAUAUAUGCUUUAUAGUGGAUGUACAGAACUAUUAUUAUUUUCUCUAUCUUUUGUGGUCAAAACUUUCUGAUAAGCCCCUAGUGGGUAUUUAAUCGGAAUUUUGAGCAGUAAAAGAAUACUUGCACUAAUGUGUGCACUCUAAAUCAGACAGAUCUGUUUUAGCCCUAAAAAUACGGCCGUUUCGAUAAGUAAAAUACAGUCCUAUUUAUGAGUCUAAUUUUGUGCCCUUAAAGCAGGGCCAAUACAGUCCAAUUAAUUAGCUAGGGCUGAUUUGGUCCCAGGGCUGAAAUGGGCCCUAACGUGGGGUGGAAUAGCCUUUUGAUUGAGCUUUUUUGGCCUGGAUUGUGUUCAAAUGGCUCCAGGAAGGGCUGAAUCAGACUUUGGCCUGCAGGACUGAAUUGACACUAGGGCUGAGACAGGUCUUUUUAAUUUUCAGUGUGGAACAACCUUUUACACGAAUUUUGAUUCCUUUAAUCAAAACAAUUACGAACUUCCGUUUGGACAUAUAUUUCUUUUGACUUAAGAACUUCACUGGUAAUUACGUAACAGUUUGAUUUGAUUUGAAAAAAAAAAAAACUCGAAAACGAAAAUUUCACUUUUAGACCUCAAGGUCGCCCCAAUUCAGACUAAAGGCAAUAAAAAGCCCCAAGGGGUCUGACUUGUCUGAACAGAGGAAAGUCGGGAGGAAAUGUCAAGGAAGGUAUUACCUUGUCUUUUUCGGCGCAUAAGUGAAACAAUAUUUCGCUUUAGUUUUAAGUACGUAUAUAAAAUAAGGGCUAUGUAUCAAAUUAAAGGUUGCGCGUAAACGUAAAACUUGAACCUCGGUCAACUUUUACACGCGGCCUUUCAUACAUUGCCUCCAGGGCCCUGACUGCCUCUAUUAUAUUUACGCGCGUACAUUUUACUUGCGUACGCACAUAAAUAUUACGCGGCAGUGGAAAUCCACCCUAAGUUCUUGAUCACCUAACGAUAGUUUAUACAUCCAGCACGUGCGUUCAUUCCAUUGCUUGUAUUUAUUCUCCCUGGCACCGGUUGUUCAAACGUUAGAUAGCGCUUUGCUUCGGAUAAAUCACUACACAGUGGAUAAGUAUUAGUGAAACUAACUGCGCUAUCUACUGGAUGGUGAUUUAUCUAGCGGAUAGCGUUAUUCAGCUUUUGAACAAAUUGUCCAGGUAAUUGUACAACACUACCAUAGCCACACAAGCCAUCGCGUUCAUCUGUAACGUAGAUUUGAAAGAGUAGAAUGUAAAGGAAGAAUUAUCAGUCUACUUGCCUUGUAAACGUAAAAUAAAUGCAGUUUUAUGAUUUUCAUGUAGAUAUCGACGAGUGUACAAGCAAAAUCCAUAGCUGUCACAGAAAUGCGUUAUGUAAGAACACUGAAGGGUCUUUCACCUGCACCUGCAAACCUGGUUACAAAGGAGAUGGCAAGAAGUGUAACGGUAAAUACCUCAGUAGAACACGCAAUUAUCGCAUUCUCUGCUUUUAAUUUAUUAGACUGAGGCAAACAAAUUUGUCGUGGAUUCUUAGCUAUGAACUGGAAUUAGCCUAGAGUACAGGUUUAAGCCAAGAAAUCUGUUCACAUGCAUUAUUAUUUUGAAUGAUUUUCCUCCCUGGUAGCCUCAACUCUAAGUUACUUCCAGCAACAGGAAUCACUGCUCAUCUGAAUGAAUAAAGCAAGAUCCAGGAAGCCGAUUACCUGUAUAUUGAUACUAUUUUAAGUCUCUUUGAAAACGAUUGCAGGCGCAUUCUUCACAGUUGAUCUCUAAUGUUGAUAUCUAUUUUGUUGUAGCGACACGAUCCUGCAAAGAAAUCAAGGACUUAGGUAUCUCCAAUGGCGACGGGGAGUACUGGAUUGACCCUGGAAGGACUAAAAGUCCUUUUAAGGCAUAUUGUGACAUGACAACUGACGGAGGUAUGGUUUGCGUUGAAGCUAGGGAAAACCCAUUUUUUUCUAAAGUAAGUUCAGGAAAUUCAAUAUAUGUUUGUAUUGUAUUCAAACCGAUAAUUUAGUCCUUACUUGUAACAACAGACUUUGUAUGACAAUUAGGAAUUAUUGGAUGAGGUUGAGGUAUCAUCCGAGAAUUAUGCAGAUCGAGAAGGCCUUCGGCCUCGGCGGAUAACACCCCAAAUGAGAGUAUCCGGUUAAUGACUUCGAUAGUGCAGGCUAUCGCCAGACAAAAGGGACAGCAACAGAGAAGCCCGAGUACGAGUUACUAUACCUCAGUUGUUUUAGUACAGGUAGAGAAUUUUACUGGUUUUGCGAAGAAAAACAAAAUACUUGAUGUACUACCUAAAAACAUAGCAAAAACAACAAAACUACAUCUCAUACUUGAAGAAUAUCUUCAAGACUAAGAAUCCCAGUGGAUCCUGAAUUUGCCGAGGAAAAGACACGUGAAAUCCAUCAGUUUAUCAAUUCUUCUUGUAUGUGUCAAGUGUUACCAUGGAGAAGCUGUUUGAAUGAAUAAUAAGCCUCGUUUUAGUAUCAACUUCAGACUAGCACCCGCCUAGGGAGUCACGAAUUUCUUAGUCUCGGGUUCUUAGUUCUGUAGUGCCGCCAACGAUUCCCAAAGUAGACCGCAAAUGAUCCUCACCGUAAAUGAUCCCCAUUGUCGACCGCAAGUGAUCCAGUGAAAAGUAGACGACUGGAAUACUGUUUUAUAUUAGGCAUGGAUGGUGAAUGUGCUGAGUAUUUGCACAUCGCGUAGAACAAUGAAUAAAUACAACUGUUUCUUUUAGUACAAAAUGUAUUUUUUUCUCAUUUCGUUAUUCAAGCAUUUGAUGUUUCGUUGCUGUGAAGAUUUAGGACAGGAAGGACCUUAAGAAGGAAAUUUUUCUUUCAUUUUAACGCUUAGGAAUAGGGAAAUAUGACCCCGGAAUAUGAUCCCUGUAUUUAUCACUCUGUAGAGGUUUUUGGUUUAUUUCGAAAUACGCUUAGUAAGUAAAACUCGUGAAAAUGUUGUGUCUAGUGGUAAGGACCCUGUCGGCGCAAACCUGUGUAUUCAUUUUCUGUGUCUUUGCUGCUGGACACACAGACAGUUACAACAUUAGGGAAACAGAAACGAAGCAACGAUUAAGUGGAAAAUUUUGUACCUAUGAGCAAAGAAUUAUCUUAAUGGGGUUCAGUGUACUAGAGCGAGCUUUUAUCUGGGGUCGUUUUCAGAGACUUUCGCCGUUACAAAAGUUAUCAUUUCCUAAAGUUGAUACUAGGCAGGGUUUGAGAAAUUACUUCUUAAGAGUAUUGCAUCUAAUUGAACUAUAGUAUGUGAAGUUUAGUUCAGUGAAGCUUUAAUGUUAACCAGCAAUUAAGCAAGAGCUAUUGUUUUACUGAGCAUUUAAGUGUUUCCUUUUUUUGGUUUGCGUCUAUUUAUGUUAUAUUUAUGGUUUCUUAUGUUUUCAGUCUUGGCAUUUAUUUGUUAAAUUUAUUCAGUUGAAUUUUUAAUACUUAUGGUGCGAUAAUAAACGUGACGCGAUGACCCAGUAACUUAAGUCCAGGCCAUUCUGAUUUUCCUCUCGGGAUCAUUUGCGGUCGACAAUGGGGAUCACUUGAGGUCGAGGAUCAUUUGCGGUCUAUUUUGGGGAUCAUUUGCGGUCUGAGGAUCGUUUACGGUCGGAAUCAGUUGCGGUACUGUACAGUUCGCCUGAGUUAUAUUUAACAAUGAUUAGGCCCACGGUGAGUUUCCGCCGUGUGAAUUAUUUUGAACUAAACAUUACUGCUUCUUUUGGCCCACAUGACUGAUAAACCAAUGAUAAACAUUUAUGGAAUUUCAGGGGGAUGGCUUCUUGUAUCCAACGUUGUUUCGCACGGUUCUUCAACGACUCAGUUGCCAGUUAAGACAUCGUACCGCGGAGUAAGCAGCAAAGAGAUGUUACUCACAAAGAGUGCCAUGAAGGAGCUGAGGAAGCACUUGCAUUUCACUCAGAUAAGAUUUUACUGCAGGAAAGGAGGAGGUCGUACAUUUCACAUCACCACGGCUGCUAACAGGAAAGGUGAGGCUGCUGUGAAAUACUUCAGUGGUGAGACAGAUGUGAUGCCCGCCUCUUGUGGCUCGUUUGUGAUCAUGAGCAAUGAUAACUCGCGGUUAGCAAGAGUCUGCAAGGAUUGGGGAUACCAAAGAGGUUCUUACAAAGUUGGCAAAUGGGGGCACGAGAGAGAUCAGAACAGAUUAUACGACCACCCUGCUUUUGUAAUGGCAGCUUACCACUGGCUUCUUGAACCGUCUCGCAGGUGGGAAUGCGACGAUGCUAGUGUGGGAGUGUCACGUGGCGAUUUUUGGAAAAUCUUCGUGCGAUAG